UCCGGAUGGCGCCUGUUUUCCGCAGAGUUCAUUCUUGGGACGCAUGGGGCUGCUUGCGGACGCGUCGCUGCUGCCGAUGGGCCUCUUGAGCCUCUACUUCAUCCAGGCGUUUAGCCUCAGCUUCCCGAUGACGGCCUACAUCUCGUGGGUCUCGGACACGAUCCACAUGUCGCCGGCGACCACAAGCUUUUACUACGCGCUGACGUUUUUCCCAUGGAACCUCAAACCGCUCUACGCGCUCCUCUCGGACAACGUGCCGCUCUUUGGGUACCACCGCAAGUCGUACAUUGUCCUCUGCGAGAUCGUUUCGUGCGCCUGCAUCCUCCUCACGGGUCUCUGCGUGCGCAGCGUCACUGGCGCGUUCGUCGUCAAGUUUCUCGACUCGGCCUGCGAGGCCUUUACGCAGAUGAUGCUCGGCAUCGUCCUUGUCGACGUCGCGUCCGGCGACCGCGAGAAGAGCAGCAACGUGCAGUCGUGGGCCAACGCGGCCAAGAACGGCGCGUCGAUCGUCGCGCUCCUCGCGGGUAUCCCGGUCUACGCCAUCAAGGACCUGCCCGCGACCACGGUCAUUACAUGGUCGUCGGUGAUUCCGCUGCUUGGUAUUCUCAUUGCACUCUAUCUCUUGCAUGAAAACAAAUCGGCCAAGCGCGUGGCGACGCCGACGCACCACCCGUCAUCAUUGGCCGAAUUACUGUCGACCAAGUGGCACGCGCUGCAAACAACGGUUGCCCGCAUGCUCCACGAACAAGCCGCGUACAUUCCGGUCAUGGUCUUCUUCUUCCUUUGCUCGGCGCUGCCGAGUGGCGGGACUGUCUGGUACCAGUACACGUACUUUUUGCUGAAAAACGAGCUGCAGUGCCUCCAAUAUUCGUCGCUCGCUGGCAUGGUCGGCCGCGUCGUCUCGUGUGCGAUCUACGCCCGCUGCACGCGCGGUGUCGGCAUCCGCACUGUCUUUGGCGUUUCGACCGUGCUCAUGACACUUGCAAGCCUCCCACAAUUGCUCUUGGCGCCGCCCAUGGACGUCGCGACGCUGCCCGUGGAUGUCUGCACCUUUUGCGCGCUCGAGUCGUUUGUGACGGCGUUCGCUGGGGAGUUUGCACUCCUCCAGCUGCUCGUGGUCGCCACGACCUUUUGCCCGCGCAAGAAGGAGCUCCACGGACUCACGUACGCGCUGUACCUCUCGUUCAUGGACUUUGGCGGUGUCGUGAGCGCGUUCUUCUCUGCGCUCUUGGUGUCGGCUCUCGGGAUCACGCAAAAUCCUAUCACAUUCGCCAUCGACUAUAGCAACCUCUGGCUGCUGCUCGUGCUCGGCGCGAUCUUUCAAGUUGCGAUCCUCGCCUUUCUGUGCUUGCUCCCGCGCCAGCUCGAAGAUGCGACGAGUGGCGACGAGCCGGAAGCUAAAGCGCUUUUGCCGUCGUCCGAGGCCUGAGACUCCUAGUCUCUACUAGAAGAGAAUAUAGAGUGUGCAGAGAAAUAUACACGCCUGAUGUUACGGACA